CACUUGACCAUGUCAUGCCCAGACCAAAUGUGCUCUUUGACGUUUUUUGUGUGUUGAACUCGGCUAAGGAGAUUCUGGACAAGGCAGCCAGGCUCCAAGCGAAGCAAUCAUAUACCGCCCUUCGUUCAAGAAUCCGCCUAAAUGAGGAGUACCCGCUAAGCCGGCGAACUGGAGAUUUAGAGGCUGAAGUCCUCCAACAGGUUCAGCCUGCGCUGGAGACAAGUGAGGUCCCCAGACCGCACAGGAAGGUGCCUGAGGACCAUGAAACUCCUAUCGAUGCGGCUUCCGUUACUACCGACCCUCCUUCAAUCUUCGGGUCACCUGUGCCACCUGAAAUACAAACAUUCGAUACAACUCGACUAGAUGUCUCCAUAAACCCUCUAGCGCCUUCAUUUGACCCUCCAAGAAAGGAUGCGAAGUGUUAUGAACCAAUAGCUGACAUAGAUCUCGGUGCCCCAGAGCCUCCUGUUAAGCUGACAGCAUCUAGAGUGCCAUCCUCGAGAAUCGGAAGACUAUUCCAUUACGGGAGUCUUGGCGUUGGAAUGGGUGCCGGUGCAGCAGCAGAGAUGAUUCGCCGGUCGACUUCAGGGUCAUCCUCUGUCAAUGGGUCUAUUUUCCUGUCGGAAGCGAAUGUGCAUCGUCUCGUAGAUAAGCUUACGAAGAUGAGAGGCGCCGCGCUGAAGUUGGGCCAGUUCAUGAGCAUACAAGACUCGAGUGUAUUACCUGAACAACUAGAUAGAAUAUUGCGACAGGUGCAAAGUAGUGCUCACUAUAUGCCCAACUCGCAAUUGGAGGAAGUGAUGGCCUCUGAACUUGGUCAUGACUGGCUUUCUAAUUUCUCCCACUUUAAUCCCAUCCCAUUCGCCUCUGCGUCAAUAGGACAAGUCCAUCAUGCAACACUGGCACCAAGCGUCGCCCCAUCAUCACUUUUCCGUGAGGUAGCUGUUAAAGUCCAGUUUCCGAACGUGAAGUCAUCCAUACAUUCCGAUAUCCGUAAUCUCUCCAUACUUCUCCAUGGCUCGUCCUUGUUACCGCGGGGUUUGUUCCUUGAUAAAACGCUCGCAGUUAUGAAGGAAGAAUUGGAAGAUGAGUGUGAUUACGUGUAUGAAGCUAAUGCUGCUCGAGAGUUCAAGAAGCACUUGGAACGUGAUCGUCGUUUUGACGUGAUGGGCGUUGUAGACGAAUUGAGCACAGAGAAGGUUCUCACCAUGCAGCGGAUGCAUGGCGUACCGAUAGUUCGCACUGCGAAACUCAGUCAACCGAAGCGGGAUGAGAUUGCUACUUCCGUUCUUUCUUUAUGUCUAAAGGAGCUGUUCCACCUUCGGUUCAUGCAAACUGACCCAAAUUGGAGCAAUUUUCUGUACAACCCGAAGACUCAUGGGAUUGAACUUAUCGACUUUGGUGCAUCGAGGAGGUAUUCAAAGGAAUUUAUGGACUCAUGGUACAUGCUGCUUCAGGCUGCAAUAGAUGGUGACCGUGAGGGAUGUAAAGAUCACUCUCUAAAGAUUGGGUAUCUUACAGGAGAAGAAAGCCCCGAGAUGCUAGAUGCUCAUAUACAAUCCCUUAUACUUCUUGGUACACCCUUCAGUUCGAGAGUGCAGCAACCCUUCUCCUUCGCAUCUUCCGAACAGAAUGUAACAGCAAAGAUCCGAGAUCUCAUUCCUUUCAUGCUUAACAACCGUUUGACACCACCUCCACAAGAAACAUACAGUUUGAACCGGAAGCUAAGUGGUGCUUUCCUGCUCUGUGGCCGUCUAGGUGCGAGAGUGGACUGUCGUGCUGUGUGGAAGAAGGAAACAGCUGGGUAUCAGAUAGGAUAGGCGGUUGGGUCGAACGAGUUUACGAUGAGUUGUUUCCACGUGCGAGGAUAGGUAUGAUAGGAUGACAUGAUAGGUAUAUUUCUAAGAAGUUUGCUAUGAUUAGACAUGUGAUGAAGAUGGACAAUCGGGAUUGGGUAAUGG